UAAAUUUUUAUUCUUAUCAACUGUACUAGCAGUGAUAGUAGAAAAAAAUAAAGAGAACAAUGCUGACAAUUAAGAGGGUUCCGACGGUGGUCUCCAACUAUCAGGAGGACACCGUGGAUGAUGCCGCCGCUGCCGCCGCUGCCGAGCCGGUCGGCCUCGGCAGGUGCUGCUUGUCCUUAUCAAAACUUCCACUCUAUGCAUUCAAGGGCGAUUCCGAAAUUUCGCCGAAUUCGACCUCGGAGGGAUUUUUUUUCCUCAAUUCCUUGUUGCUCACCCAGUGGGACGAGAGGAUGAGCCGGGGACUGUUCCGGUACGACGUGACGGCCUGCGAGGCCAAAGUGGUUCCGGGAAAGUGCGGCUUCGUCGCGCAGCUGAACGAGGGCCGCCACCGCAAGAAGCGGCCCACGGAGUUCCGGGUGGACCAGGUCCUGCAGCCGUUCGACGCGAACAAGUUCAACUUCACCAAGGUGGGCCAGGAGGAGGCCCUCUUCCGCUUCGAGCCCGCGACCAACGCCACCCCGGUGGACGGAACAAGAUCCCCUAGCGUCGUCGUGAUCAACGUGAGCCCUAUUGAGUACGGCCAUGUACUGCUGAUCCCCCGCGUGCUCGACUGUUUGCCGCAAAGGAUCGACCGCGAGAGCUUCUUGCUCGCCCUUCACUUGGCGGUAGAAGCAGGGAAUCCGUACUUCCGGGUCGGCUACAAUAGCUUGGGCGCCUUCGCCACCAUCAAUCACCUCCACUUCCAGGCGUAUUACUUGUCGGUGCCCUUUCCGGUAGAAAAGGCGCCUACGAGGAGGAUAGAAACGCUCGAGGGACCGGACGGGGGCGUGAAAGUUUCUCAGUUGUUGGAGUAUCCUGUGAGAGGCCUAGUUUUCGAAUGCGGGAACACGAUGAAGGAUUUGUCGAAUGCGGUCGCGAACUCGUGCAUUUACCUGCAGGAGAACAACAUACCAUUCAAUGUGCUCAUUUGCAGAUCUGGGGGCAGGAUCUUCCUCUUUCCGCAGUGCUACGCGGAGAAGCAAGCACUCGGAAAAGUGAGCCAAGAGCUACUGGACACGCAAGUGAACCCCGCGGCGUGGGAGAUCGGCGGGCACAUGGUGUUGAAACGCAGGAAGGACUACGAGGAGGCGUCGGAGGAUUCCGCCUGGAGGCUUUUGGCCGAGGUGUCGCUCUCGGCGGAGCGGUUUCGGCAAGUGAAGGGUUGCAUCUUUGAUGCUUUAGGUUUGGCAGUGUCUGAAGAGGAGAGUGAAGCAAAUGAGAGUUUGGAUUCAACAAGGAUGUGUGAUUCUUCAGUGAAAUAAAAAAAACAGCAUUAAUAGAUUUUGAAAAUUUGAUUCAUGUAACUGAAGUUAUAGCUUUGAUUGUAUAGCAGCAAAGGAAAUUUUUUUCUCCUUUAAAUUUUUUUCCCACCCCCCUCUUGGAUUGGGGAAUUUGAGU